AUGUCCUCUGGACAUCUUUUAAAGUGUAUUCAUCCAGGCGAAAGCUAUGCUGUAGAGAAUAAUGAUAGUAAAGCACAAAACUCCAGCGUGAUAACAAAUCAGGAAGCAGUAGCUGUAUUAGUUAAUGCACCAGUUACACCAUCUGCAUCUGUACCUAAGUCGGAAGAAACAGCUGCAGAUUCUGAAUGCAAAGAAGGCAUGUUAAAAUCUACACAAUUUAGAAAUCUUUUCAAGUACGUUGAUAAGGAGUCAUUGCAGAUUUACAUCAAGAACCAACAAUUUUUAAAUCUUUAUAAAAAAACUUGCAAGGAUUUCUUACAAUCGACUGCUACGAAGAAGUUUCGCUUCGAAUGUCAGAAGGCAAUCAAUAUUCCGGUAAACGCGAUCUCCGGCGUUAGCGAGCAACAUUUAAGAGACAAAUACGACAGAUUGCAUAACCUUCUGAUUGGAAAAUCAUCUCCUAACGUGACGCAACAUCCGCAAGGAGUGAUCUUCUGCAAGGAUCAUAUGGCAAAAAAGAUAGUUAGCCAAGGCGAGACGUUGGUAUCGAGCAAGCCGGAAAUGGCAUUUCCCGUAGCGAUGAUCGUCGUAGCACUCUGGAACGAGCAUGAAGAUUUUGGCGAACUUUUUCUGGCGCGUCUUCACGAGGCGUGUCCGUUCACUAUACCAAUCUUCCUGCCACAACAAGAAAGUCAAUCCAAUGAGGAUUACUACAAAUCUCUCGGCUGCAAAUAUUCUGAGGACGGCACUGUCGAAAAGCAGGACAAGUUCCUAAAGAGGAUGUCAGGCUUGAUGAGAUUGUACGCGUCGAUUACCGUUACAAGACAGCGGAAGGGUGUCACCAAAGUUCAUCCCUAUGGUCUUCAGCAUGCUUGGAGAUGGUUGGCGGCCGUUUUUAAUAUCGAACCAAGAGCUGAUAUUUGCGACUUGUGCGCGACAUUAAUAUUAGAUAUGCUCGAAGUUGCUGGUAAUGUGUUAUGGACUGCUUAUCCGACGCAGUUUCACAAAUUAUUGAUACUGCUAUCGGAGCAAUACUAUCCGCGUAUGCGAAAUGUUGCGGAUGGCGGUGGACCUCUGAUGCGGCUGGAAGAGUUCUUGCGCAAUGCUUUGGCAACUGGCACUAUACAUCCGGCUGACGGAAUGCUUCCGCCUAACUUUUUAUGA